AUGCUCCGCGGGCAAACCCUCCCCUGGCGAGCUGCGCUCCACCAAACGUCUCGCCCUUUCCUCCGAAGACCAUUCUUGGCUUCUCCAAGAUAUAACGCAAACUUCCGGUCGGCACUGACAUCGGCUCGUCAAGCCGUUACUCCUCUUAUAAGUCCCCGCACCUUCUCUUCGACCGCGACUCAGCGGAAAGAGAAACCUCCACCGGAGGAACCGAAAAACGAGGAGGAACAGAAAGACGAUGAAGAGUCACAGCGGCCAGAUAAGAACUCCGACCGAAGCGUCGAGUCUCGGAAGAAAACCGUUGAUGCGGGGAAGACCACCGAACACGCUGGCUCCACACGACGAAAGGAUCGGUCUACAAACGCCCAGGACCAGCGGAGCUUGGAGGAGGAAUCGAAGAAGGAUGUAAAUGCUGCAGAUGGAAAGAGUGAUUCAAAUCAGACACCGUCGCCUAUUCCUCCAAGCAGUAGCUCGGCUGAUUCCAAGCCAAGCGCUACAAGCGGUGGUGGCAGUGGCGGCAGUGAUGAUGGCGGCAAGAAAGGGAAGAAGGGUUCGGGUGACAAGGCGCUACAGAAACCUGCUGUCCCAGACGUUUACCCUCAGGUCAUGGCGAUUCCCAUCGCCAAGCGUCCUCUUUUCCCUGGGUUCUACAAAGCUAUUACAAUUCGUGACCCGAAUGUCGCCGCUGCUAUCCAAGACAUGAUGAAGCGUGGUCAGCCUUAUGUCGGUGCUUUCCUCUUUAAAGACGAUAAUGCGGACGGCGAUGUUAUUGAGAACUUGGAGGAUGUAUAUGACACUGGAGUCUUUGCGCAGAUUACUGCAGCCUACCCCCUCCGCGGGGAGGCUAGUGGAGUGACUGCUGUGCUGUAUCCUCACCGCCGCAUUAAGAUCUCAUCGCUUCUCCCUCCUGCCGAAACAAAGAAGGACACGAAUGCGAGUGAAGAAAAGAGCGUCGAGAAGAAGGGGGAUGUUGUUGCGAGCUUUGAAGAGGGAGCCCCCGAAAACCUGCCCAAGGACCAUUACGAGCCCACUUCCUUCCUUCGCAAAUAUCCCGUCAGCUUGGUCAACGUUGAAAACCAAGCGGAAGAACCAUAUGAUAAGAAGAGUGGAAUUAUUCGAGCUGUCACAAGCGAGAUUGUGAACGUCUGCAAGGAGAUUGCGACCUUGAACCCUUUGUUCCGCGACCAAAUUUCCGCCUUUUACACCGAUCAAUUCCCAGGAAACGACGAGCCGGCGAAGCUGGCAGAUUUUGCUGCCGCCGUCUCUGCCGGUGAAUUGCACGAGAUGCAGGAAGUACUCGAAACCAUGAAUAUUGAGGAGCGUCUACCCAAAGCUCUGGUCGUGCUGAAGAAGGAGUUGAUGAAUGCACAGCUCCAGUCCAAAAUCACCAAGGACGUGGAGGCAAAGAUUCAAAAGCGCCAGCGCGAGUACUGGCUUAUGGAGCAGAUGAAGGGCAUCAAGCGAGAACUGGGCAUCGAGUCUGACGGGAAAGACAAGCUCGUGGAGAAGUUCAAGGAGAAGGCAGAGAAACUGGCAAUGCCCGAGGCCGUGAAGAAGGUCUUUGAAGAAGAGAUCAACAAGCUUGCCCAUCUAGAGCCUGCAGCAUCGGAAUUCAACGUCACUCGAAACUACCUGGACUGGUUGACCCAGAUUCCUUGGGGUCAGAAGAGUGUAGAAAAUUUCGGUAUUCAAAAUGCGGUCAGUGUUCUGGAUGAAGACCACUACGGUUUGAAAGACGUCAAGGAUCGUAUUCUCGAGUUCAUCGCCGUUGGCAAGCUGCGUGGCACAGUCGAAGGCAAGAUUCUCUGCCUGGUCGGUCCUCCUGGAGUGGGCAAGACUAGUAUUGGAAAGUCAGUUGCGCGUGCGCUUAACCGCCAAUACUACCGAUUCUCGGUGGGUGGUUUGACCGAUGUUGCGGAAAUCAAGGGCCACCGGCGCACCUAUGUGGGUGCCCUUCCUGGCCGAAUCAUUCAAGCACUCAAGAAGUGCCAGACAGAGAAUCCUUUGAUUCUCAUCGACGAGGUUGACAAGAUUGGACGUGGGCAUCAAGGUGAUCCGUCUUCUGCCCUUCUUGAGUUACUCGACCCCGAACAAAACUCAUCGUUCCUGGACCAUUACAUGGAUGUCCCCGUGGAUUUGUCCAAGGUUCUCUUCGUCUGUACGGCCAACGUCACGGAUACUAUUCCUCGACCCCUCCUUGAUCGCAUGGAGCUCAUCGAGCUGUCUGGAUAUGUCGCGGAUGAGAAGAUGGCAAUUGCUCAACGAUACUUGGCACCGGCGGCGAGGGAAUUGACAGGACUAAAGGACGUGGACGUUACACUGCAGGAGGAGGCAAUCGAAGAAUUAAUCAAGUCCUACUGCCGUGAGAGCGGUGUGCGCAACCUCAAAAAGCAGAUCGAAAAGGUAUACCGCAAAGCAGCCUUCAAGAUUGUGCAAGACCUAGGUGAGGAGGCCCUCCCUGAAGAGGCGGCUUUGACCGACGAGGGUAAGGCGGCCCAAGAGGGGGCUAAGGAGCAUGAAUCCGCGGAUCCUGCCGAGGCACCUUUGGAGCCCGAAAAGUCGACUGUCGAGAACCCCCGUCAUGCCCUCAAAGUCCCCGAUAGCGUCCAUCUUAGCAUUGGCAAAGACACGUUGAAGGAUUAUGUCGGGCCUCCCGUCUUCACAGCCGAUCGCCUCUAUGAGAAAUUCCCGCCUGGUGUAACGAUGGGCCUGGCUUGGACAAGCAUGGGUGGAGCCGCUUUGUACGUCGAGUGCAUUCUGGAAAAUGCUUUGAAGCACCACUCGCGCCCAGGACUUGAGAUUACCGGUAACUUGCAGAACGUGAUGAAAGAGUCGUCUCACAUCGCUUAUUCCUUCGCCAAAUCUGUGAUGGCUCGUGAUUUCUCUGAAAAUCUCUUCUUCGAGAAAGCCAAGAUUCAUCUGCAUUGCCCCGAGGGUGCUGUGCCGAAAGAUGGACCUUCGGCUGGUAUCACGAUGGCCAGCUCCCUGCUCUCAUUGGCGCUAAACCAUCCCCUCGACCCUACUGUUGCCAUGACAGGUGAGUUGACGGUGACGGGCAAGGUCCUCCGGAUCGGCGGUCUGCGUGAGAAGACCGUGGCGGCUCGUCGGGCAGGUGCCACCAAGGUUAUCUUCCCAGCAGACAACACGUCUGACUGGCUCGAGCUCCCUGAGAACAUCAAGGAGGGCAUCGAGGGUCACCCAGUCAGCUGGUACUCUGAGGUUUUCGACAUUCUCUUUGCGGACCUCAAUCGCGAUGCUGCUCGCACCAUCUGGCAGAAGGCGCUCGCCAAGCCUGCCAAGGACCAUGAUAAGCGACAUGGUGACGAUGAUGAGUAG